AUGCCUGAUUUACAUUCUCUUCCAGCAGGGUCCAGGCCAGAACACGCAGUGCGAAAUAAUGGGCCUGACAACCUAGCUUUGGAGCGGUAUAAGCUGAGGGAGCUAGCAGAAGGCUGGCCCGCAUAUCGUGAUGCAUGCGAAUGGGAAAAUUUAAAGUCAAUUUUUCACCCAGAGGCCUACAUCUAUACCACCUGGACUGGACGAACCUUUUACCUUGACUUUAUCAAUGCUUCCCAGAAGGGCAUGGAUGGCGGUGCAUUCAUCAUGCACAGGAUUCACGGGUCCACUACCGAUAUUACUCCAGACGCAUCACGGGCAGUGACGAAAAUGAAAGUAACAAUCACUCAGCGUUUCGUUCUCGAUGGCUGCGAGGUGGAUGCUGAAUCUGACUGUCGAUUUUGCUUUUUCUGGGAGAAAACUGGCAAUGGAGAAUGGCGUGCAAAGUUUGUCCGUCAUUGGUAUGAAAAGGACAAGCUAAUACCGGUAAAUCCAAACAAGGUUCCGGUGUUAGAUGAGGUGGCACUUGCUCAAUAUCCCAAUGGAUAUCGUUAUCUUGCUUACUGCCAAGAAAGGACCAUGGGAGUCAAGGUCCUUUUGGAUAUGCCUGGCCACCGAAGAGAUGGGAACAAUGCAAAUGGCCAGAAACAUGAUCUGCUCUAUUGGCAAUGUAAGCAAUGGCUGGACGGUGAAGAACUGGACAUUUGA